CAAACAUUGGACUGAUUAUGCUGAAUUUUAACCUGUAAAAUUUUUUAUAUACUUCUUUAGCAGAUCAUAAAGUGUAUUGAAUUAUAACAAUGGACGAUUCUGAUUACGAGUAUGAAGAAGAGACAAAUUACGUACUCUUUAACGUGGGCACAACAAUAACAGACGAGUACAUUGACUCAGUAUCAAAAACCCAAGGGGGCUGUCGAAUAAUUGGAUUACAAGAAGGGAAACCAUAUUUACAGAUUGGAAAUCAGUUCUUUGAAGGCGAGAUUGACGAUACAAUCGGUACUCAUUUACUAUUCGAGAUUCAAGAAAGCAAAAGAGAAACAACGGGUUUAUUACCACUUCUGAGUUCUAUGCGAUCCAAGGAUGAUGAUAAAAAGAAACAAAAGUACAACUUGACAUUUGCUUGUUCUACAGACAAGAUGGUACAUUUUGAUUCAGUCACAUUAGAACCCAAGAUGGAUGCAGAGGCAAUAAAUGAAGCCAAGAUGAAGGAAGAAUCACAAAAGAGACAAAAAGAUGAAAUGGAUAAUAUCUUUAUGUAAACUUUUUUUCAUUUAAAUAAAUUAUAAUAUAAAUAUAACACAAGGAAUUGCACAUAAUGCCAUAGGUUGAUACGAAGAUCAAUCCUCACCAUUCUGUGCACCCAAUCCCCGUGUGGUUAUCUUCAAUUGUUUGACGAUUUCAAUGUUUCAAUGAUAACUACCAAAGUAGCCAUCUCACAUGAAUGCUUUUUAUACCAAUCGUUGAAUUUAAGUGUU